UUUGAAAGCCGGAAUCUGUGAGUUGGGACCUGGGGUUCUGAGAGGAUUUGGAUUUCUGUCAACAAUGGAGUAUCAAACAAGCCAACAAAAAGCAACCAUCAUUACUCCUUCGGUGCCCCACCACCCCGCGUGUUCUUCCUCAUUCAUUCCUAUUCCUCUCUCCCUCCAAGACCGGAGUUUCACCGGAAUUCACCUUCCUUCCGAUCGAUUUCAGUCCCCGAUAUAUCCUCAUCCCUUUCACGCAUCUCCCGACGACUUCCCGAAGACUAGUCAACUCUCUUCACCACUUCAAUCGAGCUUAUUGUAAACAUCUCAAACGCCGGAAUAUGCUUAAACCAUGGGUUGAUCCUAAUGAGAUGUUAAAUGGAACAGGAUUCCAAAAGUUUUUGUUCUUGAGUUCCUCGAGGAAGUCUAGGUUUAUGAAGAAGAUUCUAUACUUGAGGCCACUGCAUAUUGAGAUUUGAAUUUAAAGUGCUGAAAUUGGGGGAGAUGAAUAAGAUAAUGCACUUUAUCAUCUUUUUGAUGUUGAGAAUAGGUCAGAGGAAGCUACUCUUUAUUGGAGCCAUUAUCACAGUAGUAACUUUUACUCUUCUUCAAAUAAAAACGCUUCCUUAUCAACUUACAACAAUGAAUUCAUCUCUUCCAGACACAAAUCACUUUGAAAUCACUCCUUUAAUCAGAGAUAACCAAUCUGAAGCCAUUAAUCCACCCCCUUUUACCCCUCUCCUCAAUUCUUCUACCCAAUUAGUCGAGUCAAAUGCACUUGUGCAAGAAAAAGUCAAAGUCACCCCAAAAAAGAUCCAAAUAGAUGUCAUUAAGCCAAAUAUUUCAACAACACCAAUUUUCUCCUCUGAUCCUGUAAGCAGACAAAAGCGUUAUCUGAGAGAUAUAAAGACAUUAUCACCAUAUGAAGCACUCAUAUAUGCCAAAAAGGAGAUUGACACUGUCUCAUAUGAUAUCAACAACCAUGAUCCAAAUCUAUACGCCCCUUUAUUCAGAAAUAUAUCUGUUUUCAAAAGGAGCUAUGAGUUGAUGGAGGUUAUCCUUAAAGUAUAUGUAUAUCAAGAAGGAAAAAAACCUAUUUUCCAUAAUCCUUAUCUCAGAGGAAUUUAUUCUUCAGAAGGAUGGUUUAUGAAAUUCAUGGAAUCAAGCAAACAAUUUGUCACGCGGGACCCACAAAAGGCCCACCUAUUCUACCUACCAUAUAGUGCACGUCAGCUUCAACAUGCUAUAUAUGUUCCCAACUCACAUAAUAUCAAACCACUAUCACUCUUUCUACGCGAUUAUAUCAACAAACUUUCUUCAAAGUAUCCGUUUUGGAAUCGAACCCAUGGUUCGGAUCACUUUCUAGUCGCUUGCCAUGAUUGGGGUCCAUACACGUUAAAAGAGCAUGAGGAACUAACAAAAAACGCGAUAAAAGUUUUAUGUAAUGCGGACACAUCCGAAGGCGUAUUUGUCGCCGGAAAAGACGUUUCCUUACCGGAAACCACCAUCGGAAACCCGAGAAGACCGCUAAGAAACAUGGGCGGCAAAAGUAUCUCGCGCCGCCCAAUCCUGGCUUUCUUUGCCGGAGGGCUACACGGUAGGGUCCGCCCGAUCCUCCUAAAACAUUGGGCUAAUAAAGAUGAUAAAAUGAUAAUAUCUGGGCCUAUGUCCUAUAAACAAUCUCAAACGAUGUCGUAUUCUCUUCACAUGAAAUCUAGCAAAUAUUGUAUUUGUCCAAUGGGAUUUGAGGUUAAUAGUCCGAGGAUUGUGGAGGCUAUUUAUAAUGAGUGUGUUCCUGUGAUUAUUGCUGACAAUUUUGUUCCUCCGUUGAAUGAGGUGUUGAAUUGGAGGGCUUUUUCUGUGAUUGUGGGUGAGAGUGAUAUUCCUAAAUUGAAGGAGAUUUUGUUAGGGAUUUCUUUGAAGAGGUAUCGGAUUAUGCAACAUAAUGUGAAAAUGUUGCAAAGACAUUUUUAUUGGAAUCGGACGCCUGUGAAAUAUGAUAUGUUUCAUAUGAUACUACAUUCGAUAUGGGUUAGUAGGCUAAAUCAAAUUCAAGUAUAAGAGUCAUGACACGUGUAUGAAUGUAUGAAUGUGGAAAUGUAUGUAUGAAUGUAUUUGUUGAAUAGAUUGGUUUUGCUAAGAGAACACUUUUUUUUGUGGUAUAAAUUACAAUGAGAGAAACUUUGUUUAUAA